ACCCUGGGCCUCUCACUUCCGCCCAGGUGAGGCAGGGCCGACACCGAGCCCGCCCGACCCGGACUCCCACCUGCUCCUCCAGCGCACCAGGUAUCUUUAAGAGUGAUUGAAGAGAAUAAUUCAAAAUGCCUGAAAAUCCUGCUACAGAUAAACUGCAGGUCCUGCAGGUACUUGAUCGCCUGAAAAUGAAAUUGCAGGAGAAGGGUGACAUGUCGCAGAAUGAGAAGUUAUCUAUGUUUUAUGAGACACUGAAGAGUCCUCUCUUCAACCAGAUACUCACACUUCAGCAGUCCAUCAAGCAACUGAAGGGGCAACUCAACCAUAUACCCUCAGAUUGUUCAGCCAACUUUGAUUUUUCUAGGAAAGGUUUGUUAGUGUUCACAGAUGGUUCCAUUACUAGUGGAAAUGUCCACAGGCCCUCUAAUAACUCGACUGUAUCUGGGUUAUUUCCUUGGACCCCGAAGUUGGGAAAUGAAGACUUUAACUCAGUCAUUCAACAGAUGGCUCAGGGCCGGCAAAUUGAAUAUAUAGAUAUAGAACGGCCUUCAACUGGAGGCCUUGGAUUCAGUGUGGUGGCCCUCAGAAGUCAAAAUCUGGGAAAAGUUGCUAUCUUCGUGAAGGAUGUCCAGCCAGGGAGUGUAGCAGACAGGGAUCAAAGAUUAAAGGAAAAUGAUCAAAUAUUGGCCAUUAAUCACACGCCAUUGGAUCAGAACAUUUCCCAUCAGCAAGCAAUUGCAUUAUUACAACAAACCACCGGAUCUUUGCGACUGAUUGUGGCCAGGGAACCAGUCCACACAAAAAGCAGUACUUCUAGCAGCCUAACUGAUACAACUCUGCCUGAAACAGUUUGUUGGGGCCAUGUUGAAGAGGUUGAGCUCAUUAAUGAUGGCUCCGGACUAGGUUUUGGAAUAGUUGGAGGAAAAACAAGUGGCGUGGUUGUGAGGACUAUAGUUCCUGGAGGAUUAGCAGAUCGAGAUGGAAGACUCCAGACAGGGGACCACAUCUUGAAGAUUGGUAGUACAAACGUGCAGGGAAUGACCAGUGAGCAAGUUGCACAAGUUCUAAGGAACUGUGGGAAUUCAGUCAGGAUGCUGGUUGCUAGAGAUCCAGCUGGUGACAUUUCAGUCACCCCUCCUGCCCCUGCAGCCUUACCUGUUGCCCUGCCUACUGUAGCCAGCAAGGGCCCUGGUUCUGACAGUUCUCUUUUUGAAACUUAUAAUGUUGAGCUUGUGAAAAAAGAUGGGCAGAGUCUUGGAAUUAGAAUUGUUGGCUAUGUUGGAACAUCUCAUACAGGGGAAGCGUCAGGGAUUUAUGUGAAAAGUAUAAUACCUGGGAGUGCAGCGUACCACAAUGGCCACAUUCAAGUGAAUGACAAAAUAGUUGCUGUCGAUGGCGUGAACAUUCAGGGUUUUGCCAACCAUGAUGUUGUUGAAGUAUUACGAAAUGCAGGGCAGGUGGUACACCUAACCCUAGUUCGAAAGAAGACAUCCUCAUCUACUUCUCCACUUGAACCACCUUCAGACAGAGGAACUGUUGUAGAACCACCAAAGCCACCAGCUCUCUUUCUAACUGGAGCAGUGGAAACUGAAACUAAUGUGGAUGAUGAAGAUGAGGAAAUUAAAGAAAGAAUGGAUACUUUAAAAAAUGACAACAUACAAGCCUUAGAAAAAUUGGAAAAAGUCCCAGACUCUCCAGAAAAUGAGCUGAAAUCCAGAUGGGAAAACCUAUUGGGUCCUGAUUAUGAAGUAAUGGUUGCUACUUUGGACACACAGAUUGCAGAUGAUGCUGAGUUACAGAAAUAUUCAAAGCUGCUGCCUAUUCACACUCUGAGGCUUGGUGUGGAAGUGGAUUCCUUUGAUGGGCACCAUUAUAUUUCUUCAAUUGUUUCUGGUGGUCCUGUUGAUACAUUGGGUCUCCUACAGCCAGAAGAUGAGCUGCUUGAGGUCAAUGGCACGCAGCUCUAUGGAAAAUCUCGCCGAGAAGCAGUCUCCUUUCUUAAAGAAGUGCCACCCCCUUUUACUUUGGUUUGCUGUCGGAGGUUGUUUGAUGAUGAGGCUUCUGUAGAUGAACCAAGGCGCACUGAAACCUCUCUUCCUGAGACAGAGGUUGACCACAGUAUGGAUGUCAAUACUGAAGAAGAUGAUGAUGGGGAAUUAGCACUGUGGUCCCCUGAAGUCAAGAUUGUUGAACUACUAAAAGAUUGUAAAGGUUUGGGAUUCAGCAUUUUGGAUUACCAGGACCCUUUAGAUGCUACAAGAUCAGUGAUUGUGAUCCGCUCCCUGGUAGCAGAUGGUGUAGCAGAAAGAAGUGGGGGACUAUUACCUGGAGACCGCCUGGUCUCAGUCAAUGAAUACUAUUUGGACAACACCUCACUUGCUGAAGCUGUGGAAAUAUUGAAAGCUGUGCCACCAGGCAUAGUACGCCUUGGCAUCUGUAAGCCUUUGGUGGAAGAUAAUAAAGAAGAAGAAAGUUGUUAUAUUUUACAUUCAAGCAGUAAUGAAGACAAGACUGAAUUUUCAGGAACAAUUCAUGAUAUAAAUUCAUCUUUAAUACUCGAAGCACCCAAGGGAUUUAGAGAUGAACCAUAUUUUAAAGAAGAACUUGUGGAUGAACCAUUUCUAGAUCUGGGAAAGUCUUUCCAUUCCCAACAAAAAGAGAUAGAGCAAAGAAAGGAGGCCUGGGAGAUGCAUGAAUUUCUGACUCCUAGAUUGCAGGAAAUGGAUGAAGAAAGAGAAAUGCUUGUUGAUGAAGAAUAUGAGUUAUAUCAAGAUCCCUCUCCAUCCAUGGAGUUGUAUCCCUUGUCGCACAUUCAAGAGGCCACUCAUGUGCCCUCUGUGAAUGAACUUCACUUUGGUACACAGUGGUUGCAUGAUAAUGAACCAUCCGAGUCUCAAGAGGCAAGGACCGGGAGGACUGUCUAUUCCCAGGAGGCACAGCCGUAUGGCUAUUGCCCUGAAAAUGUGAUGAAAGAAAAUUUUGUCAUGGAGUCCCUACCAUCUGUACCAUCAACUGAAGGAAACAGUCAACAAGGCAGAUUUGACGACCUGGAAAAUCUUAAUUCAUUAGCAAAAACUAGUCUGGAUUUAGGCGUGAUCCCAAAUGAUGUCCAAGGUCCUAGCUUGCUCAUUGACCCUCCUGCUGUGGCUCAAAGUAGGGAGCAAGAAGACUUGCCUUUAUAUCAACACCAAGCGACGCGAGUUAUUUCCAAGGCCUCAGCAUACACAGGAAUGUUGUCUUCUAGAUAUGCCACUGAUACAUGUGAGUUACCCGAGAGAGAAGAAGGCGAAGGAGAAGAAACUCCAAAUUUUAGCCACUGGGGUCCACCGAGAAUUGUUGAGAUUUUGAGAGAACCCAAUGUGUCUCUUGGGAUCAGUAUUGUUGGUGGACAAACUGUUAUAAAACGUCUAAAGAAUGGAGAGGAACUUAAAGGUAUAUUCAUCAAACAAGUUUUAGAAGACAGUCCAGCAGGGAAGACGAACGCACUUAAAACUGGAGAUAAAAUACUUGAGGUGUCUGGAGUAGAUUUGCAGAAUGCCUCACACAGCGAAGCAGUUGAGGCCAUUAAGAAUGCAGGAAACCCUGUGGUGUUCGUUGUUCAGAGCUUGUCAUCCACUCCACGAGUCAUUCCUAAUGUACAUAACAAGGCCAACAAAAUCACCAGUAACCAGUACCAGGACACCCAAGGAAAGAAAGAAAAGAGGCAAGGAACUGCCCCACCGCCAAUGAAACUUCCUCCUCCUUAUAAAGCUGUGACUGAUGACAGUGAUGAAAAUGAAGAAGAAGAUGCCUUUACCGACCAAAAAAUCAGACAAAGAUAUGCAGAUCUGCCUGGAGAACUGCACAUUAUUGAACUUGAAAAAGAUAAGAAUGGACUUGGACUCAGCCUUGCUGGUAAUAAAGACCGAUCACGCAUGAGCAUAUUUGUGGUGGGAAUUAACCCGGAAGGACCUGCUGCCACAGAUGGACGAAUGCGUAUUGGAGAUGAACUCUUAGAGAUAAACAAUCAGAUUCUGUAUGGAAGAAGUCACCAAAAUGCAUCUGCCAUUAUUAAGACUGCCCCAUCAAAGGUCAAGCUGGUUUUCGUCAGAAACGAGGAUGCAGUUAAUCAGAUGGCCGUUACUCCGUUUCCAGUGCCAUCAAGUUCUCCAUCUUCUAUUGAGGAUCAGAGCGGCACCGAACCUAUUAGUAGUGAGGAAGAUGGCAGCCUCGAAGUUGGUAUUAAACAACUGCCUGAAAGUGAAAGCUUCAAACUGGCUGUCAGCCAGAUGAAACAGCAAAAAUAUCCAACAAAAGUCUCCUUCAGUUCACAAGAGAUACCAUUAGCACCAGCUUCAUCGUACCAUUCAACAGAUGCAGACUUCACAGGCUAUGGUGGUUUCCAGGCUCCUCUGUCAGUGGACCCCGCAACGUGUCCCAUUGUCCCUGGACAGGAAAUGAUUAUAGAAAUAUCCAAGGGACGUUCAGGGCUUGGUCUCAGCAUUGUGGGAGGAAAAGACACACCCUUGAAUGCUAUAGUUAUCCAUGAAGUCUAUGAAGAAGGGGCAGCAGCCAGAGAUGGAAGACUUUGGGCUGGUGACCAGAUAUUAGAGGUUAAUGGGGUUGACCUGAGGAACUCCAGCCAUGAAGAAGCCAUCACAGCCCUGAGGCAGACCCCCCAGAAGGUGCGGCUGGUGGUGUAUAGAGAUGAGGCACACUACCGGGAUGAGGAGAACUUGGAGAUUUUCCCUGUGGAUCUGCAGAAGAAAGCUGGCCGGGGCCUGGGCCUGAGCAUCGUUGGGAAACGAAAUGGAAGCGGAGUGUUUAUUUCUGACAUCGUGAAAGGCGGAGCCGCAGACCUGGAUGGGAGAUUGAUUCAGGGAGAUCAGAUCUUAUCUGUGAAUGGGGAGGACAUGAGAAAUGCUUCACAGGAGACAGUGGCCACCAUCCUCAAGUGUGCACAGGGACUUGUGCAGCUAGAGAUUGGAAGACUCCGAGCUGGUUCCUGGACCUCCGCAAGGAAGACAUCACAGAAUAGUCAGGGUAGUCAGCAGAGCGCACACAGCAGCUGUCAUCCCUCCUUCGCUCCUGUCAUCACUGGCCUGCAAAACCUGGUUGGCACAAAAAGAGUUUCAGAUCCUUCCCAGAAAAAUUCAGGCACAGAUAUGGAACCAAGGACUGUUGAGAUAAACAGGGAGCUCAGUGAUGCCCUUGGAAUCAGUAUUGCUGGAGGAAGAGGAAGUCCCUUAGGAGAUAUCCCUAUAUUUAUUGCCAUGAUUCAGGCCAGCGGAGUGGCCGCACGGACACAGAAGCUUAAAGUUGGAGAUCGGAUUGUCAGCAUUAAUGGGCAACCUUUGGAUGGGCUGUCUCACGCGGAUGUGGUUAAUCUGCUGAAGAACGCCUACGGGCGCAUUAUCCUGCAGGUUGUAGCAGAUACCAAUAUAAGCGCCAUAGCAGCUCAGCUUGAAAACAUGUCUACAGGCUACCACCUUGGUUCGCCCACUGCUGAACACCAACCAGAAGACACAGAAACACCUCCACCUAAGAUUAUUACUUUGGAGAAAGGCUCUGAAGGAUUGGGGUUUAGUAUUGUAGGGGGUUAUGGAAGUCCCCAUGGAGACCUGCCAAUUUAUGUCAAGACUAUAUUUGCAAAGGGAGCAGCUGCAGAUGACGGCCGAUUAAAACGAGGGGAUCAAAUUUUAGCUGUUAAUGGCGAGACCCUGGAAGGUGUUACUCAUGAGCAAGCAGUCGCCAUUCUAAAACACCAGAGAGGGACUGUAACCUUAACUGUGCUGUCAUGAGCCUCGGGCCUGAUCACAAGAUAGAUGUUGUUGCUUAGAAUAUCGACAGGCAGAUGAAGUUCUGAGUGGGUAUGAAAAGCACCCUCAACUAAAAUGCACCUUCAUUCUUAUUUCUUGUCCCCUCCGCUCAGGAGAAAUGGCUGAGGUUUCAUGUGAAUUUCCCGAAUCAACAAUCAUCUCCUAAUGUUUCCCAGUUCCUGUCACCUGUUGGUGAGGUUGAUUUCUAAAACUUAAAUGAGUCUACCUGUUUUGCAUUUAAUUUCAGUGUUCUGAUCUCUUUUUUUCUUUUUUUGAGACAGAGUCUCA